AAAAAAUAAACCAUUUUGGAAUUCCAAUUUCACGUCCGUUUUCUCUUCUUCUUCUUCUUCAGAUCCGCAAUUCGUAUGUCUCCGGCCAACUUCGCCGGACCACGUUAACCUCUUCCUCUCCCUCCUCCGCGGCUCAUCACACCGCGCAUGGGCCAAUCCUUCUCCCGUUCUCGCCAUCCCAAACCCUCGCCGCCGCCAUCCUUCUCCGCCACCGCUACGAUGCUCGCCGGCUCCGAUUCCGAUCUCGACCGUGACCACACUGUGGAUCUCCCCGAUGAGUGCCUUGCCCUUGUUUUCCACUCCCUUGGAUCCGGCGAUCGCAAGCGGUGCUCCCUUGUUUGCCGGCGAUGGCUCGCCGUUGAGGGCCAGUCCCGGCAACGCCUCUCUCUUGAUGCUCGAGCUGCUCUUCUCUCCGCUGCUCCUUCCCUUUUCUCACGCUUCGAUGCUGUUUCAAAGCUUGCUCUCAAGUGCGACCGCCGCUCUGAUAGCAUCGGCGAUGAGGCCUUGGCUUUGAUCUCCCUCCGUUGUCCUAACCUUACCCGGCUCAAGAUCCGGGCUUGCCGCGCGCUGACGGACGCUGGCAUGGCCGCGCUCGCGGCGCACUGCACUUCGCUUCGGAAGCUUUCUUGUGGUUCCUGCGCGUUUGGGUCAAAAGGCAUCGAUGCCGUGCUGAAGGGUUGCCCGCUUCUUGAGGAGCUCUCGAUCAAGCGUCUCCGUGGACUUGCUGACGCCGGGGACCCUGUUGGUCCCGGCGUCGCCGCGGGCUCGCUUCGUAGCAUCUGUCUCAAGGAGUUGUACAAUGGGCAGUGCUUCGGCCCGCUUAUUGCCGGAUGCCGGAAUCUGAAGACGCUUAAGCUCUUCAGGUGCUCCGGAGACUGGGACCUGCUUCUUGAUGACAUCGCUACCAAAGUCCCUGGGAUUGUUGAGAUCCAUUUGGAGAAGCUCCAGGUAAGCGACCGCGGGCUUUUCUCCAUCUCUGCGUGUGCUGAUCUGGAGGUGCUGCACUUGGUCAAGACUCCUGAGUGCACUGACGCCGGCCUGGCUUGGGUGGCAGAGAAAUGCCGGUUGCUCCGCAAGAUCCAUAUUGAUGGGUGGAAGACGAAUCGCAUUGGGGAUGAAGGUCUGAUGGCCGUUGCACAGCGUUGCCCUAAUCUACAGGAGUUAGUCUUGAUUGGUGUCAAUCCGACAGCACGAAGCCUUGGGUUGAUUGCAAGCAAUUGUAGGAACCUAGAAAGAUUAGCUCUUUGUGGCAGUGAAACAUUUGGGGAUCAGGAGAUCUCUUGCAUUGCUUCAAAGUGCAUGGCUCUCAAGAAGCUCUGCAUUAAGGGGUGCCCUGUAUCGGAUCACGGAAUGGAGGCUCUUGCAGAAGGUUGCCCUAAUCUUGUUAAGGUGAAGGUAAAGAAGUGCAAGGGAGUGACGGCUGAGGGGGCCGAUUGGUUGAGAGCCAGCAGAGGGUCAUUGGCUGUGAAUUUGGAUGCUGUAGGCCCUGUAGAGCAGCAGGAUGGGAGUAUCAGUGACAGUGGGGUGUUGGAGAAUGGUGCAGAGUUGAUGCUCGGAUUACCUGAACAGAUUGCAGCAAUGGAACUUCCGUCCAGCAGUAGUAGCAGGUCAAUGCUGUCAAAGGCGAGGAAUUUUAUGACUUCUGUUUUUAGGAAAUGGCAUCAUGGUAGUAGCAAUUGCCACCACACAUGAAAUUCGAAAGAGAAGAAACUUCUCAUGUUUGUUGUGUUGUUUACUUUCAAGCUCUCCAUAUCUAUCUGCUUGUUUAGUAA